AUGUUGCGAGAAGAAUGGCCAUAUUUAUUGAAACCUGCUAGAUCACAUCGAUUCAAGCCAUUGUUCGUUUGUGCCUUUCUGAAUAAUUUUUCAUUUUUAAAGAUUUUCUUUCUUUCUUUUUUCUUUCUUUCUCCCUUUCUUUCUUUCUUUCUUUCUUUCUUUCUUUCACUAUUCAUUCAUCCUCUCUUUCACAAUAAAACGCGUCUUAUACAAUAUUAUUCUUUCUUUUUUCUUCCUUUCUUUCACUUUUCUCUUUUUUCUUUCUUUUCUUUUUUCUUUCUUCCUUUCUUCCUUUCUUUCACUUUUCUCUUUUUUCUUUCUUUUCUUUUUUCUUUAUUCUUUCUUCCUUUCUUUCGCGUUUUUCUUUUUCUUUCUCUUCUUUUUUCUUUAUUUUUUCUUCCUUUCUUUCACUUUUCUCUUUUUCUUUUUUCUUCAUUUUUUUCUUCCUUUCUUUCACUUUUCUCUUUUUCUUUCUUUCCUUUUCUUGUUUUUUUUCCUUCUUUUCUUUCACGUUUCUGUUUCUUUUUCUUUUCUUUCUUUCCUUGUUAUUUCUCUUUUUUUCUGUCACGUUUCUCUUUUUCUUUCUUUUCUUUUUUUCUUUGUUUUUGUCUCUUUCUUCUAGCUAGCUUGUUCUGUUCACUAUCUAUCUAUCUAUCUAUCUAUCUAUCUAUCUAUCUUGUUCUGUUCACCAUCUAUCAAUUUAUCUAUCUAUUUCAGUAUAUCCAUAUCUAUCUAUCUAUCUAUCUAUCUAUCUAUCUAUCUAUCUAUCUAUGUCAUCCACCAUCUAUCUAUCUAUAUCUAUCUAUCUAUCUAUCUAUCUAUCUAUCCUCCUCUUCAGGUACAUCAUCCUUCCUCACUCUUACCUCUAAAACUGAUAAAAAGAUAGGCCCCAUCUAUCUAUCUAUCUAUCUAUCUAUCUAUCUAUCUAUCUAUCUAUCUCAGUCUAUUCAUUAUCUAUCUAGCGAGCUAGAUAUACCUUUUCUCAAUCUCUAUUCUCUGUCUAUCUAUAUCUAUUGCGCCCACGCGCUUUUUCUCUUCAUUUCAGCCUCUUCAUAUCAGUCUCUCUCUCUCUCUCUCUCUCUCUCUCUAUCUAUCUAUCUAUCUAUCUAUCUAUCAUUUCUAGCUAUAUCUCUCUCUAUCUUAGUCCCUUUAUCUCUCUCUCUCUUACUCUCUCUCUCUCUCUCUCUCAUUCAAGCUCAAAUCUCAACAAAUCCCUAUUUUACACUCCCUCUUUACGACAGUCUUUCAUAUGUCUCUCAUUCUAUCUCAGUUUAUCUAUCACUUUCUUAUCUUCUGUCUCUCUAUCACAGUAUCUACAUCUUUUUGUUUCUCUCUCCUAUCUAUCUAUCUAUUUAUAUAUCUAUCUCCCCUCUCUCUAUCUGUCACAUUUAUUCAUAUCUAUCUAUCUAUCUAUCUAUCUAUCUAUCUCUAUCUCAGUCUCAUCUGUUUAUUAUCUAUCUAUCUAUCUAUCUAUCUAUCUAUACUAAUACGUUCUUUACGUAUUUCAGACUUCUCUUUCUCUCUCACUCUCUUUAUCUCUCUGUCUAUCUUUUUCAAUCUCUCUGUCUUUUUCCCCGCCUCUCGCUAUCGUUCUCAGUCUCUGUAUUGUUCAUUAUAUAA